AUGGACGAAAAGACUGACGUGGAGGUUUAUAGAAACCACGUCCGGAAGGUUCUUACACUUGUGCGAGAGCAUAAGUUGCUCGCGGACCUCAAGAAGUGUAUCUUCUCAGCAAGCGAAAUACCACUUCUUGGCUACAUCGUUGGUAAAAACGGCGUACGCCCUGAUCCGGGAAAGAUCAAGGCGAUUGACGACUGGCCUGUGCCAGUCGACGUCAAGGGACUUCGAAUGUUCCUUGGCUUGGUGACGUACUUGCACAAAUACUCAUGCAACUACGCCGAGAUGACCGUAAAUCUCUCUCGUCUACUAAAGCAACACGAGAGGUGGCCAAAGAGUGCUGAGUGUCAGCACUACCUCGAAGGUAUCAGGAAAAACUUGAUACAAUCGCCUGUGUUGGCGAUUGCAGACCAGGUAGACCAUUCCAUGUGGUUUGUGACGCCAGUGAUCGUGCGAUCGGCUGCGCGUUAUUACAGUACGACUCAGACGGCGUUAAGCGCGUCGCUGUUAUCAAUCGCGUCAGCUGCAAGCAGCUGA